AGUCUCAUCGCAUCACACACAUCACAUGCACAGUGCCCAUCAUUUCUCGGUUGUGCCUUUGCGAGUGAUGUUGAUGGUUCAAGUUCGCUAGCUAGCAGUUCUUUCCAGUGUUUGAAGUUCGUCGCCUUCGUCGCAGUUGUUUUGUUGAGUCGAGUUUUAGCUGUGGCGGGUUUACCGGUACUCGGUGUGUUUGGGGUCCAGAUUACAGCUUACGGGGCUGAGUGUAUGUUGUGGUCCCAGUGUAGGUGAAAUAAAAACCGUGCUUUGCCACUUGAUUGUGACCACCAAGCCUCGAAACGAUAGCCUCCGAACGGCCGGGAGGACGCACUUUCAGUGGUCGAUCGGAACAGUGAAAGGGGUGGGUGACCGAACCGGGUGAAGAAAGCCAAAGAAGACGGCGAAGAAAAAAUGUUUAAUUGGCAAGAAAAAGUUGAAUUUUGAAAGUUUGCGUGAUUUUUUUUUUCGUUAUGUGAGCUGCUUGUUUGGGUCGGGUAUUGAAAAAAAUUGAUGUGAUUUAGAUUGAUUUUCAAUUGUGCGGGGAAAAUUGCAUACGUUUGUUGGUUGAGCAAGAGAAGCGGACAACGUCAGGCUUUGAGAAUAACGUGCUCGGUUGCAGUUUUAAACAGGUUAUAGAUAAAUUGCGACAAUCUGCUAGUGGAACAGCUAUUUGGGUCCCCUGCAGGCACGUAUAGAAUUUGCAGCUUGGAGUCGGACCGUACAAGUGCUGCAAUUUUCGCUAGAUUACGCCAUCGUUGAGGAAAUCUCCAGCUAGAAGGCCAGCGCUUGAUGAAUGACAAUUAUCACCAUUGACACCAAUCCAGCGAUGGCUAUCAUCAUUUAACUGCAAUCCGUGCAGCAACGCAAACAUGUCGAGCACCUCCAGUGGACCUUCUCCAAAUACUUUGCCCAAUCCCCAAGAAGAUGGCGGAAGAGGCGGAGGAACCGUGUUUAGUCGUAACCAUCAGCAACCGCAUCGCAUCGUUCCCGGCUCGUUGAACGUUGUCGCCGUUGCCGGGCUGGGAAAUCCUCAUCCUCCGGGUGGCAACUUUGUUCCGGCCUCGGUUGUUCUGCCAGCAGAAGUUCUCAGUAGUGCAGCUGGUGGUAAUAAUAGUACCAGCGGUCUAACCGGUGGCUGCGGGGCAUCGCGAAACAUUAUCUCCAGUCCGAUUCAGGCCGGCACCGGCCCAUCCAAGGGAUUGCUGAACGGACCCGGACAGAACAAUUGCUUCCUGAAUUGUGCCGUGCAGGUCCUCUGGCAUCUGGACGCUUUUCGGCGAUCGUUCCGGCAGCUCCAAAGUCACGUUUGCGGUGGACAGGACUGUAUUUUCUGUGCCCUCAAGGAACUAUUCUCCCAACUGCAAACCAGCUCGGAGCCAGCCCUCUGCCCGGAACCGCUUCGGCGAGCCCUGGCCAGUGGGCCUCUCGCCGGUCGUCGUUUCCCACUCGGAUGCCUGGGCGAUGCAGCCGAAUGUUUUGAGCUACUGCUGCACCGUGUCCAUCAGCAUCUGUCUCCGGCCGAGGGGGACAGUUGCGACACGCCACAAUGCGUCGCCCAUCAGCGAUUUGCUAUGCGAGUGGUGGAGCAGAGCGUGUGCGAAUGCGGUGCCAACUCCGAGCAGCUUCCGUUCACACAGAUGGUACAUUACGUUUCGGCUUCGGCGCUCAACUCGCAGAGCAGUCUGUCUGCGCAACAACAGCAGAAUAUCACCUUCGGUCAGCUACUGCGCAAUGCCGGAAACAUGGGCGAUAUUCGGGAUUGUCCGAACGCUUGUGGCGCAAAAAUCGGCAUUCGUCGGGCUUUGCUCAACCGCCCCGAUGUGGUUUCGAUCGGUGUGGUCUGGGACUCGGAACGCCCAGCGGCUGAUCAGGUGCAUUCGGUUCUGAAAGCCGUCGGUACAUCGCUCCGUCUGUGCGAUGUUUUCCACCAGGUCAGCGAUCAGCGAUGGGCUCAAACCGUCAAUCACGAACUGGUUGGCGUUGUGUCCUACUAUGGUAAACACUACACGACCUUUUUCUUCCACACCAAACUUCGUGUUUGGGUUUACUUCGACGAUGCUAACGUAAAGGAGGUAGGCCCCAGCUGGGAAGGAGUGGUGGAUAAGUGCUCUCGAGGACGGUAUCAACCUUUGCUGCUUUUGUACGCACUACCGCAGCCACAGCCGCAGCCCCAGCAGAUUGCUGCUCAGGAGUUGGCUGCAAUGCAACAAGCACAACACCGCCGUGCAGUUACUCCAAGCCCUGAAAAAGCUCCGAUGGGAUCACAUACCCGUAGAGCCAUAACACCGACUCCCAACCGCGCCGUCUCCGUAUGUGACUAUCAGAAUCUGAGUGUCAUCCAAAGUAAAAUCUUCCCGAAUGAGGAAAAAGAAAAUUACAUCAGCCGUAAAGCUGUUCAAAAUGUGCUGCAAGCUCAACAAUAUCAGAAUCUCUCCGUGAUCCAGGAUAAGAUCUUCCAGACACAGCAGCAGCAGCAACAACAACAACAAGACGCUGACAAAGAACAAUCAGGUUACAUCUCGAAAAAUGCCUUGAAUGCUCAAUUACGCAAGCAACCGAUGAAUCUCCACCGAACCCUCAGUGCCGAAUCCGGUCAGGUUUCACCUCCAUCUUCGUCAACCUCCUCUCCAGACGGUCUUUCGAUUCCAGAUCAUCUGAACCAGCCACGCCGGAGAGAUUCUGGCAACUGGAGUGGCGACCGAAACUCUGCUUCCUCGUCUUCGUCCACAACGCUUGAUAAUCCUUACCUGUAUUUGGUUGGUAAGCGCAAUGGCAGCGUUCCGGCAAGUCCUACUCGCCAAGGCCAGCUUUAUGAUGCCGGGUACGAUUCGUAUUCGCUCUCCUCGACAGAUUCCUUCCCACCGAAGCACGCAGCCAAUGGCAACAAUAUGCAUUUGGCUAAGAUUCCCGAAUCGGUGGUCCUCAGUGGCGAUUGUGAGAAGCUUUGCAUGGAAGCGGACCAGUUGCUGGAAAAGUCGCGCAUUCUCGAGGAAGCACACGAUCUUGAAACCGCAUUGGUAUUGUGCAAUGCUGCUGCCAGUAAGGCACGUGCCGCGAUGGAUGCACCCUACAGCAAUCCACAUACGAUGACAUUUGCCCGGAUGAAACACAACACCUGUGUGAUGCGCGCACGCUCCCUACACCGACGAAUUCUUAUCGAAAAGGGUGGAGAAAUCAUCAAGGAACAGCAUCAACAACAACAACAAUUGGCCUACAAUUUGGCCGGAAUCAGUGCCGGUGGAAUAGCACACCGAAGACAGAACAGCAAGGAAAAACUGCUCAGCAAUGGUCGACAGAGUAGCAAAGAAAUGCUUCACGAAGGCAGCGGAUCGGUUUCUUCCCGUAACUCACCAUCUAAGAGCAUCGAGAUAUAUGCCACUCUUCCGAAAAAGAAGGUCACUCUUAAACUCGUAGAAGCGGAAAACAUCGAGGAAGUUAUUACAGGGACAGUCGAUGUCAAACCGGAACGGGAAAGUCGCUCCCUGUUCGGCAGGAGCAAAGAUUCGAAGGAUAAGCGGAGUCGCAGUGAAGACCGAAACAAAAUGAACCGAGAUUUUCAGAUAGCCGAUCCGGCACUUGUCAAUGCGAAAGAUACUCUUAAGAAGCACAAGGAAGAGAAAGAGUCAGAUAAGAAAGAGAAGGAUGCUAAAGGAGGAAAGAAGCAGCAUAAAAUUCGCAGGAAAUUACUUAUGGGUGGGCUUAUUCGUAGGAAAAAUCGCUCCAUGCCGGAUCUCACCGAAGGCGCAGGUGCAGCCGCUGAUGAACAGCCUAGUGCAACAACGGCAAUCAAGCAGAUGAUUUCGAUUGAUGACAGUACAGUUGGGCUUAACCUAGCUAAGGACGCAGCGAACAGUGGCUACCUCUCCGAGGGACACUUUGACUUUCAAGUAUCCAACACCAAUCCCAAUCUGGAACGCAGCAAACUUAUGCGUAAAAGCUUCCAUGGCAGUGGCAAAACUCUGUCAGUGCCUAAAGUGCCACCACCUCCUCCAGUACGACUGGGUUCGUCUCUGACCGGACCACAACAGCAAAUGCCGCCUCAACAACCACCACCACAGCAAAUGUUACAAGUACAAAAACUACCACUCAAUGGGGCCAAUCUUCGGCACCUGGAAUUCCAGGAGAGCCGCCCACCAGCUUCUCCGAUUGAACCCUAUCACCGGGCUAAUCUGUCCAAUCUUUCCACAAUGAGCUCCAAUACCAGUAUGAGCGAGGACUCGUGCCAAACCAUUAUUACCACUUGUGCUGUGGUCCACCAGGAACAGUCCCCCCUAAAACCUCAAGAUCAGUACCCCAACUCAUCAUCAGCUUCAGUCGAUGAAGUUGAUUCGAUUGUCAAGUACAAUAGUAGCAAUAGCAACAACACGCACACCAAUGGUCCAGCAGGGGGACAGAGCGGAAGUAUGGAACUGCCACCUUAUCCAAGUCCUCCGUCGACUACGUGCCAUUCGCGGCAGGCUAGCGAAGAUUUCCCACCUCCACCACCAGCUAUUGAUUUUGAACCACUUAACGAGCAGCUAAGUGAAAUACAAAGUCUUCAACAACACCAGCAACAGGGAAAAAAUAAUCAGCCAAUGUACCACCAGCCAUCCAUUCAGAACACAACCAGCAUUCUGGCACAGUUACAAGCUAAGCAACAGCAACUUGUGAUGAUGAAUAAACUACGAGAGCAGCAGCAGCAAAGCAGUAACAGUAACAAUAACAACAACAACAACCCAAUCAGCGCAAGUGAGAUCCUAAAUGAAACAACUCGUUCGGAGAUUUGGUUGAAGGAGCUUCAAGCAAAACAAGUGGCUCUCAAACAGCAGCAAUAUCAACAAAAUCAAAAUCCUCCAAUCCAGCAGCAACAGCAACAACAAGUUAUGACGUCCGGUAGCGAUCAGAGGAGUGUUCGAGACCUGGCUUCCCGUUUCGAACAGAUUAAGCUAGCUGCUCCAUCUCAACAGCAGCAGCAGCAACAGCAAUCACCCCAACCACAAAAUCAGGCUAUACCGACGAUCAGACCGUAUCCUAGUCAGGAACUGCUGAGUGGAUCGGUGAAGCAGCCUAUGCAGCAACCAUCAAUACCCCCGCAGCAACAACAACAACUAUCCAACGUCCGAACCGGUAUGAGUGGACUCCUAACAGACCAGAAGCCCAAACCGGCUUCGGUUGCCCCUCAACCGACCGAUGAUUCCGGUGUUGAUGAGGUGGACUGCGCUAUCGCGUACAAAAUGCUACCCAAGCCACGGUACGACAUUGCUCAAGCUCAAAUCCAGGAGGAGAUUCGAGAGGUCGAAAUGCUGAACCAAGUAGUGCAGCAGACACUGAACAAUGCUGGUAGUGGUACUGCACCAGUACCUGCUGCCUCAGCUGUUUCCAAACGAACUAAGAAGAAGAGCGUCAGCUUCUGUGACCAGGUGAUUCUGGUAGCCACAGCCGAUCAAGAUGAGGAUGAAGAAUUCAUUCCGAAUCCAAUUUUGGAACGGGUUCUGCGAACUGCCGGAAACGGCGGAAGCGAUAGCGAGGACCCGCCACGGCCGAAUCAGAAUUCACCCCAGCCUCAGUUGUCUACAAGCAUUACAUAUCAUCCGAUAAAAACUCAACCAAGUGCACAGUACUCUUUGGCCGCGGAUAUGCACAAACAAAAUAUGGAGAUUCAGAGACAGUUGCAGCAACAGCAGCAGCAAUAUUAUCAGCCGCCAACACAAUCAUCGCCAAACAACGAGAGUUAUCAACAGUACUCAACCGUUCCGAGUAACGCGGUAAUUUUUAAGAAUCAGCAGUUCCAUCAACAGCAACAGCCGUUGGCAACAAUGUAUAGCGAGGCGCCCAUACAAAAAUCGAUCUAUCAACCGCCUCCUGUACUCCAGCACCAGUAUCUUCAACAAAAACAGCGACUAUACGAAGACUCUGGAAGUGAGCAUAGCUACGACAUGAGAAUGAGUGCUCCUGCGGCAGCUGCCCCAGUUUCCAAUGGAUAUGUUCAGUCGCCCUACAUGUCCGUUCCUUGUCCAAUCGAUCAAGGUUUUCAAACGGUAUCAGCCUCACCGACAAUAACCACCAAUACGACAGUAAUGAAUGGUGGUCCUAAUCCUGCACUUCCACUGGGAAUUCGACAGAACAUCACUUCCCUGAUGCAUCAACAGCUGAACCAGCAAAGCGUUCCUGCUGUCCGGCAACAGCAACAGUCACCAUUGAUGAUGUCCCAGCAGCUGCCACCAGCUUCCAGCGUCUAUCAAAAACCACCACUGCCUAUGUCCUACACGCAGCAACCAACACAACAGCAGAAUCUUUCACAGUAUAACUCUAAUCCUAAUUCCUACAGUUCUUACAGUUCCCAACAGCAGCUUCAUCAGCAGCAGCAAUCUCCUUAUCAAAGGGUACCCUUGCCCCACUAUCAGGAUUCUUCCUAUCAUGAUCUUUCACUGCCUCAACAGCAACAACCUUCCCCGCAGCAACAGCUGUACCUUCAACCUCCGCAAAUCCAUCAGCAGCAACCGCAGUCAAAGCCCAUUCAGAAAAAAGUGAGCUUCGAACCUGGUACCAAAGGUGGAUCAGAUUGCCCCCCUUCACCCCAACCACAAAAUCAACAAUCUAACGAACCCUUACAACAACAACAACAACAACAACAACAGCAGGUCGGCCUUCCCGUUACCCGGGUAGCUAUCGCAACCUACAAUAGCAAUGCAAUCGUUAAAUCAUCGGCCAAAGCGGUCCAGUGCAACCUCUGUCGAAAGAAGCAUUGCAUUUUACCGGCUCUGUACUGUACCGAUUGUGAGUUCUACAUGAGCCGCUUUCAGGUUCCGGUGAGAAGGUGAUCGGUAGAUCGAUAAUAUUCGAAAGUGCAAAUUAGUUCGUUAGGUUCGAUCAGAGUAAAAAAAAAAGUGCCUUCGGACGGACGACGGCCGAUGGACUUGUCCUUCAGCCGCCGUCCGCUGUUUCCCUUCUGCUGUGAGUUUGCCUUAGGAGUUUUAGCAUUAGAUUUUAUUUGUUGGUUUAUUGUUUUAUUACAUUCCCGUGCUCAGUUUGAAACUGGAUCGGCCGCGGAGUUACAAAAUAUUCUGCUGAGCAGAGCUUCUUUUGAAAAGAAGUGCUUUGCAGACAGAAAAUUCGUUAAGGUUGCUGCUUCCGGGGAGGUCCCACUCCUGUUGAUUGUGAUAUUUUGUUUUCGAAUGCCUAUUUAAUUAUUUUAUCUACUUUCGUCUGUCUCAAAUAUUGAAUAAUUACGGUACGAACCAGAAAUACGUCCAAACGUUAAAUAAGUUUUAACUAUAGGUCUUAGUGUUAGCUGAUAAUCAUCCAUUCCUGCCUGAUUUACGAAGUUUUUCUUUCUGUAAAGAAUGAACCAAUCAAUGCAUUUUAGUGAUUUGAAGAAAAUAACUAGACUUAGUAAACAAGUGACCGAGCUCCAACUUCGUCGACAUUCCAUUUGUAUUAAAUUUUAAACGUAAUUGAACAUAGUAGUUAAAUAUUCCAACUAGAAUAAGGCAAUUAGUGUCCUGAGAGAGAAACGUAUUAAAGUGGAACAAAUGCGUAAGUAUUAAUGAACAUACAUCGAAACAGGUGAGAUUUGUUUCUAAUCUGCUCAUUUUCGUCUCUGAUUAGUACUUAAAUUUUAGUUAAGUUUCUCCUGUCUUUUGUAUGCUUUUUUGUGUUACUUCAAAUGUGCUUUCUUUAUAAUUAUGUUUAGUUUUCAUACUUUUACAUGAUUUAUAACGUAUAUUUAAAACAAGAAAAAACAAACGAAAUAAUGAAAUACAUUUUUUCUUUAUUUUUCAGAAUAAUAAAAA